AUGCUGUCUGACUUUACGCAUUUGGCAAACGAACUAUCGGGGAAGGCCCUGCGCCACGAAAAUGAGCUUCUUCAGCAAACGGUAUUGAGGCUGAACGGCGAGGAAGAGACGCCGACUUGUCUGCCGUUGGCAGCGCCGUUGAAGAGGCAUUUUUCGAGCUUCGAAGAAUCAGAAAAGAACACGUUCUGCUCUCGGCUACCUCCAAAGGAAGGCAUUGAGCUGAGCGAGGAGGCGAAGCAGGCCUACAAAAGUCUGAUCGAAUGCCAUGGCUCGGUAAAAAUUGUAGAGCAUUCAAGCGUCAGUGCUCCCGUUAAAACUUCCUUGUCAGAAAAGCGCGCCGGUAUCUGUCAGGAGAAGUUGGCCGAAGAGGAGGCCGGGAUGAGUCCGCUGCGAUUGUUGAGGAACGACGGGACCUCCCUGGUUCGGCGGUUCCGAAACAGCGGUCGAGGCCGCGCCACCGAUUCGUCUGAGGUGCUGCUGUUGAAAAACGAGCAGCUGCCAUCGAAGAACUCUGAUUAUGGUAGCGAUUCGGCCCCAAGCGAGACUUCCGCUUCGUCCACUUCCUCAGACCUUCCUCCUCUUCCUCCUCGCUGUUUCAAAUCUCAAGCCGGCGUUGCUGACAGCCACGCGGUGGUCGACGCCGACAAACUUAGAGUGCCUCCCGUCCCACCGAAGACCAGGUCAUGCAAAGAAGCUUUUAUUGGAAUGCAGGUGCAACGUAACAAUUCCGGCAACGCUGUUACUAGCACCAGCACGAUUUUGCCGCAGCAUUCGGCAGCGGAAGAGGAAAACGCAGAAUUUACGGUGGACGAUCAGCACCGUAUGGCCAAAGAAGUCACCUCCUCCUGUGACCACGUACCUAAUUUUACCAUGGAAGGUGUAGACAAGUACGAAUUGUUGAAUUUUGUGCUGUCGGCUUUACCGAGGGACCAGCGACGUAGCUAA